CGCUGACGUCAGCGGGCGGCGCGCGGCCCGCACUGCGGCAGCCGGUCCGCUCUCAGAGCCGGAGAGGCUGGCGGCUAGGCUGGCUACGCGGGUGCCUGGCUCCCGCCCCGCUCGGCGCGAGGAGCCGCUUCGCGCAGUCCCGGCGUCGGGUCGGGCGGGACUGACUGUCGGCCGCUGUGGGCUACGUUCUCCGGUGUCAACUUGGUGCUGAAUCUCGAACCUGUGAAAUGCCUUCUUAAUUACAUCCGAGAAAAGGUGAUCAAUGUGUUACGUUUAUAAGGGUCAUUUCGGAUCCUGAUUGAGUCAUUGCUUUGCAUUACAGCUGGAUGCUCUCCAUAAAACUGAGAUAUGCCCACUGUGGAGAGUGAAGCCAAAGUAAAAACCAAAGUUCGCUUUGAGGAAUUGCUUAAGACCCACCAUGAGCUCAUUCACGAAAGAAAAAAACUGAAGAAAAAAAUUGGCAAAUCUGGAGAUAAAAUUGCACUUGACACUGUUAGAAGCAAUCUUCCGAAAAGUAAAGAAACUAAAAGUGAUGAUGUAAGUGCUACGAACACUAAUAACCCAGUCCCUAAAAGCAAACUAAGGAAUCCCCAGUCAACACCUGAAAAUACAGAUGAUGUUAGUGUAAAGGAAGACAAGCAAGGAAAGGCAAGUAAAAAGGUUAUGAAAACAGUACUCCAGAUGACUGCACAAGGAAUGGAACUGGAAACUCCUGUGAGGAAGGUGGAUUCCACACAUCAGAAAGCACGAACCAGGUCACAGCCAGGUGUUGCUCAUCAGAAGAGCGAGAAGGCAGAUGAAGAAAGAGAAAAUAAUAAUUUAGAUGAGGAAGAAGAACUGAUGCAAGCAUACCAACUCCAAGUAGCUGAAGAAAUGGCAAAGGAGAUUAAGAAGAAAAUAAGAAAGAAACUCAAAGAACAGUUGACUUACUUUCCCUCAGAUACUUCAUUGCAUGAUGGCAAAUUGAGCAGUGAGAAAAAAAUAAAGAAAAAAAAGAAAGUUCCAAUCUCGUCUAAAGCUGAAACAAGUACACUGACCAUCUCCGAUGACACAGUUGAAAGUGAACAAAAGAAGGGCUCUCCAGUUAGAAGAGUUACUUCAGAUUCUCAACAAGAUGAUAAGAUAAGCUCAGUGGAAGACAAUGUAGAAGACAGCAUGCAAGAUGACACAAAAUCCAAACCAAAAAAAAAGAAAAAGAAGGCUAAAACAGUUUCAGAUGAUAAUGAAGAAACUGAUGGUGAUGGUGUUCAUGAAGUAACAAGCCGAGAUAGUCCAGUUUAUCCCAAAUGUUUGCUUGAUGAUGAUCUUGUCCUGGGAGUUUACAUUCACCGCACUGAUCGACUUAAGUCCGAUUUUAUGAUUUCUCACCCAAUGGUAAAAAUUCAUGUGAUUGAUGAGAAUACUGGUCAAUAUGUCAAGAAAGAUGAUAGUGAACGGCCUGUUUCAUCUUACUAUGAAAAAGAGAGUGUGGAUUACAUUCUUCCUAUUAUGACCCAGCCAUAUGAUUUUAAACAAUUAAAAUCAAGACUUCCAGAGUGGGAAGAACAAAUUAUAUUUAAUGAAAAUUUCCCCUAUUUGCUUCGAGAUUUUGAUGAGAGCCCUAAAGUCAUCUUGUUUUUUGAGAUACUUGAUUUCUUAAGCAUGGAUGAAAUUAGGAAUAAUUCUGAAGUUCAAAACCAAGAAUGUGGCUUUCGGAAAAUCGCUUGGGCAUUUCUCAAGCUUCUUGGAGCCAAUGGAAAUGUAAACAUCAACUCAAAACUUCGUUUGCAGCUGUAUUACCCACCUACUAAGCCCCGAUUCCAAUUAAAUGUUGUUGAGGUUUUUGAAUGGUGGUCAAAAUAUCCAAGAAAUCGUUAUCCAUCAACAUUAUACGUAACUGUAAGAGGAUUGAAAGUUCCAGAAUGUAUAAAGCCAUCUUACCGUUCUGUGGUGGCUCUUCAGGAGGAGAAAGGUAAACCAGUGCACUGUGAACGACACCACGAGACCAGUUCAAUCGACGCAGAACCUGGACUAGAAGAUUCCAAAGAAGUAGUGAAGUGGACACGACUACCUGGGCAGGCUUGCCGUAUCCCAAACAAACACCUCUUCUCACUAAAUGCAGGAGAAAGAGGAUGUUUUUGUCUUGCUUUCUCUCAUAAUGGAAGAAUAUUAGCAACAGCCUGUGCCAGCCGGGAUGGAUAUCCAAUUAUCUUAUACGAAAUUCCUUCUGGGCGUUUCAUGAGAGAAUUGUGUGGCCACCUCAAUAUCAUUUAUGAUCUUUGCUGGUCAGACGAUGAUCACUAUAUCCUUACUGCAUCAUCUGAUGGCACUGCCAGGAUAUGGAAAAAUGAAAUAAAUAAUACCAAUACUUUCAGAGUUUUACCUCAUCCUUCUUUUGUUUACACGGCUAAAUUCCAUCCUGCUGUAAAAGAACUGGUGGUUACAGGCUGCUAUGAUUCUGUGAUACGGAUAUGGAAGAUUGAUAUGAGAGAGGAUCCUGCCAUAUUGAUCCGACAGUUUGACACGCACAGGAGUUUCAUCAACUCUCUCUGUUUUGAUAUUGAAGGUCAUCACAUGUAUUCAGGAGAUUGCACUGGGGUGAUUGUUGUUUGGAAUACCUAUGUCAAAGUUAAUGAUGUGCAACAUUCAGUGCGCCACUGGACUAUAAAUAAGGAAAUUAAAGAGAGUGAGUUUAAGGGAAUUCCCAUAAGUUAUUUGGAGGUUCAUCCCAAUGGAAAACGAUUGUUAAUCCAUACCAAAGACAGUACUUUGAGAAUUAUGGAUCUCCGAAUAUUAGCAGCAAGGAAAUUUGUAGGUGCAGCAAAUUAUCGGGAAAAGAUUCAUAGUACUUUGACACCAUGUGGGACUUUUCUUUUUGCUGGAAGUGAAGAUGGUAUAGUAUAUGUUUGGAACCCAGAAACAGGAGAACAAGUAGCAGUGUAUUCUGACCUGCCAUUCAAAUCACCCAUUCGAGACAUUUCUUAUCACCCACUUGAAAAUAUGGUUGCAUUUUGUGCAUUUGGGCAGAAUGAGCCAAUACUUCUUUAUAUUUAUGAUUUCCAUGUUGCCCAGCAAGAGGCUGAAAUGUUCAAGCGCUACAAUGGAACAUUUCCAUUACCUGGAAUACACCAAAGUCAAGAUGCUUUAUGCACCUGUCCUAAACUGCCUCAUCAAGGCUCUUUUCAGAUUGAUGACUAUGUCCACUCUGAACAUUCUUCAAUGAAGAUGCAGCAAGUGAAACAGAGACUCGAUUCUGUCACAGAGGUGAUACGAGCCUGUGCUGCAAAGAGAAAGACGCAGCGAAAGAGGGAACACAAACGGGGAGUGGGAGAGGGAGAAGCAGACUCCCUGCCGAGCAGGGAGCCCGAUGCGGGACUCGAUCCAGGGACUCCAGGAUCAUGACCUGAGCCGAAGGCAGUCGCUUAACCAACUGAGCCACCCAGGCGCCCUCAUUUUUUCUAUUAACAUUAUUUAAUCCUUGCCUACUAAGGAUUGUGUGUGUGUGUGUGUGCGCGCGCGUGCACACACGUGUGCUUGGGCUGCCCCCAAAGUAUGCUCCUAAAAGGCCUCUCAAGAGAAACACUUGACAAGGAGUAGGUCCUGCCCUGUAGAAGUCCUCAUCUAGAAAGAUAACUGGCAUGCUGGAGAGCAGAAAGAAGAGCACUGUGUGUAAGUAGUAACAGUGAGCAAGCAAGGGGAAACAGUGUUUGAUGGCCAGGUUGGAGAGGUGAUCAGGAGAUUAUGCAUGCCUGUUAGCCUGGAAGUGCAGGGGAGGCAUAAUUUCCUUUCUGUCCAAGGUUCUGUGGCUGGUCUAACAGUUAAAUUGACUUAAAAAUUAAUAAAAGAAAAAUAAUUAUGUACAUAUGGGAGCCCCACAAAGAAGGAGACUACAAAGCUGCCAGGCAGUUGAGGCUUUUCUACCAUCUUUACUGGAGGAAAGGGAUAGGGGUCUAGGGGUUCAAAGUGGGACAGCAGUUCAGGGGAAGGUGAGAGGAGGAACUGUUUGGUAAACAAAGGCUUCCCCUCCACUGAGGUGAAAAGUUCUCUCUGGACACAGCUCUCUUCCUAGUAGAGGCCCCUUUUCUAAUGUAAAUUUCCCUUAUUAAAGGGCAGCUUCUAUACCUGUUUUCAGAGCUUCUCCAGUAUCUGCAGUUUCUCAAAAUAAUCCUUAUGCCAGAGAGGCAUAUUUGAGGGUGACAUGUUCUGCUAAACCUUCAGUAAAGACUUAGAUAUUGUUUCAAUCAGAGAAGCAGUGAUGGAGGUAUUAAGCUGGGGAGAAUGUGAGAAUAGAUUUUAAAAGGGGAGCAAUCCAAGAGGAGUUGGUAGCCUGGACUAAGGAUAGUGUAAAAGAUAAAUGGAUACCUAUUAAAAAUUUUAAUAAAUAAGUUUAUUUGAGCAAAAAUUUAUUUGAAUGGCAUAGUCCCAAACUGGAAGUGGUUAGAAGUGCUCCACUGGCAGGAACUGAAGAAAGACUUUUCUAGAGAAAAGGCUGAAGCAAAGCAAGGAGAUUAUAAAUUGACUCUAGUUUAAAGCCUAAUCGGCUGUUGGUGAUUGGUUGUCCUUAGGUUUCGAUUUUGUAACCUUGAGGUGUUUACAGUCUUAGAUUUGGGCUUGCUUCUGUAGGCUGUAAGCUCAGCCGCCAUGGCAUUAGAACUGUGUCAGACUCAUGGCCUCAUGUUUAACAGUGGCAGUAACGAAGAUGCAGGCAGUGGACACAUUUGCGAUGUAUUUUGGAAGUAGAUGUAACACAGCUCGGUGAUGCAUUGGAUGUGGUGUAAGUGAAGGAAUGCAAAGUCGGUGUCCCUUCCAGCAGGUGUACAGAUGCUGGCAGUGGCAGGAGGUAAUGAGAUGAGGAAUGCUGGAGUGGGGGUAGCAAUUUUUAGGAGUGGAGUUUUGAAUAGGGAUAUAGUUGUAUACUAGGCAAUUGGAUUUCUGAGUCUUGAGUGCAGGGAGUAAGUCAGGGCUGGUGUUCUCUAUUUUUAAUCUGUGAAAUUGAGUAAGAUCAGCUGGGGAGAGACAGCUAAAUACCUGAGGCACUCGGCCAGGAAAAGGGGAUGUCAGGGAAGCCUGGGGGAGAGUAUUUCAAGAAAGAGGAGUGGUAAACUGUCACAUGCUACUGAGAGAAUGAGUAAAAGAGGAUAGAAAAUUGAGGAUUGUAUUUAGCUAGGUGUCCUUUGGUUACCUUGAUGAAAACCAUUUAAGUGGCACAGUUGAAGUGCGUUGAGGACAAAAUGGAAGCCCAUAAGUUUUGACCGGGGAGCAGAGAAACAGGACCUGAAGAGGAAUCUCAGAUGGACAGUAUUAAAGCAUACUUAUUUGCUGAUUGGAAUAAUCCAGUGGAGAUGGAGAAGUGGGUAAUGUACCAUGGAGGUGGUAAUUGCAGGACUCAAGUCCUUGAAAAAGUGAAAGAAGUUGUAGUCCUGAAUACUAAUGGAGACACUGGCCUUAAGAGAAGGGAUUUUUCACCCCUUCUGAUAGGCAUAUAGGUAGAAACUGGGUAGAUGCUUAGAUACAGAUGUGAUGAUGGGAAGCUGAGAGUUCUCAUCUGAUUGCUCCAAGACAGUAAUUGGUAUUAGAAGUCUUGCAUUGCUCUGAAUUGUUAUAGCCCUAAAAUAUCUUCAUAUGAAUUUAUAAUUUACAAAUUUCCUCGCUCUUUCCUUUGCUUGGGGUUGGAUUGAAGCCUAUCAGAAAUGGUAUUACCUGGAGUCUAUUUUCAUUAAGCUUUGUAUUCCUCACAAAUGGAAUUAAUUUGUUUUUCUCAUGUUCCCAAACAUAUUUAUAUUCAUUUAUAUUCAUACCUGGCAUCAUAAUUGGUCCCAUUCUUCCUUAAAUGAUAAUUAGUUCUGCCUGUCUUUUCCAGAAUUAAAUUAUGAAUUCCCUCAAGGAGAAACAUCUCUGUCUUUCUGCUUUCUCUCCUUCCUUCCUUCCUUCCUUCCUUCCUUUCUUCCUUCCUUCCUUCCUUCCUUCCUUCCUUUUCGUCCCUGUUUUCCCUCCUUUCCUUCUUUCCCAGCUUUAUGUAGUAUUGACUCCACCUCUGAUCUUAUAUUUCUGAAUUUCUACAUUCCUCUGCAGCUUAACGCCAUGGAAUUCUAUUUGUUUUUUUUAAUUAUUAAUAUCCCCUACCCUAGAUGAAUAUAAAGGCAGCCACGCUAAAGUUUAUUGAAUUAUAUUUAGUAGAACAAUGCUAUAAAGGUAAGGUAAUAACUAAAUUAUAGUUAAAUAUAUCCUAGAACAUAUUAUUCACUGAAAGGUAAAAAAAAUUAAAAAAUAGAUAAUUCAGAGAAGAUAAUUUUUUAAUCUCCUAAAAAAAGUUUGGAUAUUUGAGAUUUUGAGAUUUGAGAUUUGAAUAGAAUACCGGUUUGCAGUUUUUUGGAGAGUUUCUUUUUGAUAAUUUUUAAUUUGUUUUUAAUGCUCGUAAUUAUUUCUUCAUGUCAUUUCAAAACUGUAUAAAAGCAAAUCAAGUGUUGUUAUUUUGACAAUAUUUGGGAGACUGGCUUGACUGUAGGAGGGUACAGGCCACAGUAGGCCACUGAAAUUAUGGAAUUUCAUUCCUGGAAAUUUUAGAAAACAGGAAAAACUGCUUGUGAUAGGAAAAGCCAAUUUUUCCCCCAUGUGUCUCCUUUACUCUUGCACUACUAUCAGUACUCGAAAUACUUCUGGCACCAGAUGUGCUGUGGUUUUUCCCACACCAAGCAGCUCUCUGCAAUACCAGCUGGGUGUCCCACAAUUUGACUCCGUUGUGACACUGUCUACCUGGGGAUGGCGGCAGAUUGGCAGAUCCCACAGGUUAAGGACUCAAUCCCACAAGACUUCACCUGCCCCCCUCCCCCAACCUCUACCAUUUCCGAUGCCAGUUGCAGGUCCAGGUUGUUACCUGUGUUUCUGACCAAUCAGGUAUAAAUAGAAGGUUUCCCAUGACAAUUCCUCAGGCUCAGUUCACUGGAGCAGCUCACUAAGAACUCGGGAGAACAGUUUACUAUUUGCCAGUUUAUUAUAAAGGAUACAGAUGAACAUCCAGAUGGAGAGCUGCACAGGGCAGAGUAUGUGGGGAGGGGCCUGGAACUUCCAUGCCCUCUGCAGGCACACCACUCUCCCGGCAUUCCCACGUGCCACCAGCCAGGAAGCUCUCCAGACCCCAUACGGCCGGUAGUUUUAUGGAGAUUUCUUCAGGUAGGCAUGAUCAGUUAUAAUUUCAUUUCUAGCCCCUCUCCGCUCUCUGGAAAAUGAGGGAUGGGCUACAAAUUCCAAGCUUCUAAUCAUGGCGUGGUCUUUCUGGAGAGCAGCUCUCAUCCCAGAACACACCAAGAGUCACUUCAGGAGAACAAAAGACAUUUCUUUCACCCAGGAAAUUCCAAGGUAUGUUAAGAGCUCAGUGUCUGGAACCAGAGUCAAAGACCAAAUAUUAGAACAAAAGAUCCUCCUAGUACUUCACUUAGGAAAUUACAGGGUUUUAGGAGAUCUGUGCCAGGAACUGGAGCUAGAAACCAAUAUAUUUUUUUCUAUUAUUUCACACACUAAUUUCUAGAUGUAAAUUUGAGUAUUAAACCAUGUAAUUUAAUGUGUUCCUUACAUUUAAGCCCUUCUCUAAUUUUUAUCAUUAAAAAGUUAGAUUUGGGAAGUCUGAAAAACAAAAAGAUUUAAAAAAAUAGUCCAGGGGCGCCUGGGUGGCUCAGUCGUUAAGCGCCUGCCUUCAGCUCAGGUCAUGAUCCCAGAGUCCUGGGAUCGAGCACCGCAUCGGGCUCCCUGCUCAGCAGAGAGCCUGCUUCUCCCUCUCUCUCUGCCUGCCUCUCUGCCUACUUGUGCUCUCUCUGUCUCUCUGUCAAAUAAAUAAAAUCUUUAAAAAAAAAAUAGAGAAUCCAGAGAAGAUAAUUUUUUUAAUCUCCUAAAACAAGUUUGGAUAUUUUUAUCAUGAAGAGGUAAAAAGUAAGUUGAGAUUUGAAUAGAAUAGUGGUUCAACAACAAACACCACCUUAACUUUGGGCAAGAUUUUAAACAUACUCCUUUCACGUGUAUAUUAAUUCAUUUGACCUCUAUGCAGUUCUUAUUAGUGCUAUAUGAGUUAUAUACUAAAGAAAGAUGAACAAAAACUGGUUCUUCACUGUCAAGGAGAUUAUAGUCUGGUGCAUGGAGAUUAACCAAAUAGAUAAGCACACUGAAAUGUUACCAGUGUUGUGAUAAUAGAAGAUAGAGGAUACAAGGCAUAGUGGGGAGAGAAAGGAGGGAGACGUAAGUUCUCCUGGGAGAAUCUGAAAGGCUUUUCACACAUGAUGUAAUACUUGAGCUAAAGCUUGAAAAAGGAGUUGGCAUCCACCAGGAAGAUGGAGCCAAAAGGAAAGCCCAUUCCUGGAAAUGAAGCAGUAAGACCUAAGUCACAGGUUCAUGAAACAACCUGGACAGUCUGCAGAGCUACACAUAUUUUGUUGUAGCUGGAAAGUAGGAAAAGGAGCGAUAAGGUUGGAGAGCGAGGUAGUUAUUAGAAUAUAGAAAGCUUUGUAUGCCAGGCUAAAAACUAUGGACUUUAUCUAAUGGAACGGCUGAUGCUGGGUUUUAACAAGAAAUGUUACUCAGUAAAACUAGCAUUUUAGAAAGAGCUUGUUAGCCGUGUAGAAGAAUUAGAGAAACAGGAAAUAGGGAAAACAAAUCAGGGGACGAUUGCAGUAGUUUGCAAGCAGAGAGGAAGGCCUGACCCACAGCACUGACUGGAGAAAGAGUGGGACCAGAUGUCAGAGCAUUUAAUUGACUUAGUGACUAAUUCUCUGUGGAGGGUGAGAUGGCAAUGUAGGAUUCCCACCUUUCUGGCCGGGGCAACUAGGUGGAUAGAGAGAGCUUUCCCUGAGGAAGUAAAUAGUUGAAGAGAAGUUAGUUUAGUCUUGAACCUAGUGAUUGGAAGAGUUUUGGAUUUAAGAAACGUCUUGUGAUGAGCACUGGGUGUUAUUGAACACUACAUCAGAAACUACUGAUAUAUGUUGGCUAACAACAUAAAAAUUAAAAAAAAAAAAAGUCAGCAUAGAUGGCAGAUGAAGUGAUGCAAACAAACGUUACUGCCCAGGGGAACCACACAGAGUGAGGGAAGAGAGGGUCCAGUGGGUCUAACAAACAACCCUGAUAAGCAGUGGCAGGAUAAACCAACAAAUAGUUUUCCAGAAACAAGAGGGAGUGAUGGGCAGUGUUAGAGAUCGCAACCGCUUAAAUGAAUCUGCUAACUGACCAUUUGAAGUCUUGGGUGUGGUGACUUUAAUUUCAAAUUUAGUCUUCUGGUGGAGAAAAGCAUAGUUGUAUUUGGUUGAAAUUGAAUGGUUAAGUUAUAUGGAUAGCAGUUACGUGCUGUUUUUCAAGGAGUUUAGCUUUCAGUGAAGCUUAAGGAAAUUAUGGAAUCGUUGUGAGAAUUUUUGAUUGUUUGCUAUUUGUUUUUAUACUGAAGUAGAAAGAUCUCUGCUUAUAUACUAUAGGGAAACAGCCAAUAGAGCAUUUGAAAGUAGAAUUUGGAAGCACUUUAGGUAUUCCCAAGGGAACAGAUGGAGGGAUUAAUCUUGAACAGAAGGACACUAGAAGAAAAGAGGUUGAGGGUGGAUGCAAGAGGUAUAUUCUUUCAUAGGUUUGAAAAUGAAGAUUUCAGAGGGCUGAAGACCAAAUUUUCUCUGUGAAGUAAGGAAAUAUAUUAAGAAAAGAGGCAAAGGUUUGGAGAAAACCAAAAUAUAUUGAGGUUAAAUUGACUUUGACUAAGGCAUGUUGUUGGAUAGGUGGUUUGAACCAGCACCAAAUCUUAAUUUUAAGCUUUGCACAGGGAAUCCUGUUAAUCAUCUUUGCACUACCAGUCCUUGGUAUAUAUAUCAGAGGCUCAAAAAGUCUGGAUUAAGUGCUGCAAAAUAAAACUUCGUUAUAACUGAUUCAAAUUGGAAUUCUGGUUUUUUAGUUCAUGUAGCAGUGAUGAACUGACUUGGGGGAGAUUUUCUGGCACCUCACCCCACUGUAGAAAUUUCUCUUCCAAUAGGAAGUGUGUUUCUUCCUAAUCCCUCACGUCACUGUAGUAAUUUAUAAGGAAAAUAUAUAGAGACGCAGAGCUCAUGUUUGAAUUUCUCUUUAUGAUACCAUAGGCUACUCAUUUGUUAGGUUUUACUUACCUAGAAAUCACAGGAACUUAAGCUGCUUUAAAUUUAUGGUACGAGAAUGUUGAUACCUGGCUUCAGUUGCCCUGAAUCUCUGGCUCAAGUUUUCUGUUUCACUUGUUCUUUAAUUAUUGGGAUUCUAAUUUUUAUAACAGAAGUUUGAUUUGCAACAGAAUGUUUCCUGGGCAUUGGGGGUUUUUUUGCAACCAGAACCAUCUUCAAAUUGAAGUAUUAUCUGCAUUGUUGUUCAAUUUUAAUGGAAAAAAAUAGCCUUCUGGAGGAGGGAGGGAGACAAAUUUACAAACAUAAGUAUAUAGACAGUAUUAUCAUCUUUCAGGUUAUAAUUUAAAACCAAUUUGAGAUGUCUUCACAGCUUGAAAUUUUAAAAACAAUUCUACUUUAGGUGAAUGUAGCAUAUAAUCUAAAAUCAGCGAAGAUGAUUAGGCUUGCAAAUGUAUAUGAAAAUGAAUGUUAUAUAUCUCCCAAAGGUUUCAUAGUUUAGCUAACCACUAAAAAAGAAACUAAUUGUUAGCUUGUUCAGUGUUGUGCACUCAGUUUUAGAUCCAGUGACUUUUUUAAUAUGAAAAUAAACCUUCUCAAAAAAAAAAAAUUAACCCUCUCUUAGGGAAUUAGAAUUUGUGUAUUUUGUACAAAGCUGCUUCUGCUCUGAAAGAGUAGGCAAAAACAUUUUUGUGAUUAACGUGACACGAAGUUCAGGUGAUACUUUUUCUUUUUUUCUAUUAUGAAUUUCAUUAAAUUUGUAUGCUUUUCAUUUUCCCCAGUUUGGAGGUAUUAAACUGACUUUGGCAGACUGUGGUUUUUGCAUGAAGCAAGCAGAAGAAUGUGUUGUGAAAAGAGGGCAGAUUCGUGUAGGGUAGACUAUCUUAGCCAACCUCUCUGUUGUUGUAAAAUUAUUAAGCAAUUCUUUUCCACAGCAUGUAUUUCAAAAAUAGAUAUUGCUUCACUCUGUUUAAUGGUUAUUAUUAUUUUUCCCCCUCUAAGUAAAGUAGUGCAUAUGUAUAGGCUAGCUCUGAAAAUACUUUGAGUGCUAAUUUCAAAUCACUAUAAUAAUUAACAACUGUCCAAGACCUUUGAAAUCUGUGUGUUGUCACUUACCACUUCAUAGAUAUUAGUCUCUCAAGAAAUGUGUCAAGAAAGAGCAGAGUUUUAAAAAUGCUUAGAAAAAAACUGUGAAGUCUUUCUGUUUGAGCAGAGACAUUUAAGUAUCCUAUUCUAGCUUUCCUGGUGGUGUUUUUGGUUUUAGCACAAGUAAACAUCUGAAGAGGAAGAUUGAAAAGCCGUGUGUGUGUGUGUGUGUGUCCAAAGCCUAUUGUGUGUGUGUGUGUGUCGUUUGUGUGUGUGUGUGUGUGUCCUAUUCUAGCUUUCCUGGUGGUGUUUUUGGGUUUAGCACAAGUAAACAUCUGAAGAGGAAGACUGAAAAGCCUAUUGUGUGUGUGUGUGUCCAAAGCCUAUUGUGUGUGUGUGUCCAAAGCCUAUUGUGCGUGUGUGUGUCCAAAGCCUAUUGUGUGUGUGUCGUGUGUGUUUGUGUCGUUGUGUGUGUGUGUCGUGUGUGUGUGUGUCCCAUCCCCAACAUAGUGUGUGUGUGUGUGUGUCGUUGUGUGUGUGUGUGUGUGUGUCCUAUUCUAGCUUUCCUGGUGGUGUUUUUGGGUUUAGCACAAGUAAACAUCUGAAGAGGAAGACUGAAAAGCCUAUUGUGUGUGUGUGUGUGUGUCCAAAGCCUAUUGUGUGUGUGUGUCCAAAGCCUAUUGUGUGUGUGUCCAAAGCCUAUUGUGUGUGUGUGUCGUGUGUGUGUGUCGUUGUGUGUGUGUCGUGUGUGUCGUGUGUGUGUGUCGUUGUGUGUGUCGUGUGUGUGUCGUGUGUGUGUGUCAUUGUGUGUAUGUAUGUGUGUGUCCCAUCCCCAACAUUGUGUGUGUGUGUGUGUCGUUGUGUGUGUGUGUGUGUGUGUCCCAUCCCCAGCAUACACCUGUUCUUUUGCACCAGGUUUCAAAAUGCAGAUGAUUGUUUGACAUGUAGGAUAAAAAUUUUUAAGAACACAGAAGUAAAACUGAAAAUGAUUCUAAAAAGAGAAGUGGAUUAGAUUGUUAAGGGAUAAAUAUAUCAUUGUAUAUAGUACUUCCAUUUAAAAGCAUAGCACUCUGAAAUAUGUACUGCAUCAUCAUGUUAAAUUACAUGUUCCUAAUUACUCUGACUUCUAGUGAUGUUAAUAAUAGUAACUAAUAUUUCUAUAGAACUUUAUUUGUGUAGUAGCCUAUGGCUUCCCUUUGCCAACAUAUUAAGUAGAUUUUUUACUUAAUACGUUAUUUAGUGCUUUAUGUAUUCGCAUAUGCGAAUGGCACUUUAUGAUACCAGUCAUCUUUAUUGUUCCUCCAGCACAUUCCCAUUGAAGCAUACCUACUUUUUAAAAUUUUUAUUAUCUGCGCUUAAAGGUGGAAAUAAAGCUCAAAGAUAUGAGAUGAUUUCGUUGUUACUUUAGGUAUUGUAUUAAUAUAAAUAGUCACCAUUAAUUUUGGUCAGUGUUUAAUAAUGGAUUCUGAUAGAAUUUUUAAAGCUAGAUAGUUUUUUUAGCACUGGUGUGGUAUUUGAUCCCAUCUAACUACUUUGAAAAAUAUUUGUUUUUUAUAAAAUGAUAUCACAACAGUUUACCAGCUUUAGAACUAUAUUGUCAUAUGGUCUUAAUGAAUGGACUUUUUCACCAAAUAUGUAAAAGCCCUUUGCUUUAAGAGAAAAAGCUUAAUCUAAGAUACACCAUUUACUGUCACUGUUUGAAAGAAGAGAAGCAUUUACAAACGUUAUGUAAAUGAUGAGUCAGAUAAAGGACAUGUAAUAACCACAGUCCACUACUAUGUAGAGCACCAAAAGGGAAUCUUUAAAUGCUAAUACAGUGGUAGUCCUGAGUGGUUUCGAUUAUUCUUUAAAAAGAGAGAAGGCAGCUAUUUUCAUAUAUUAGUAUAUAUAUGCCAUAAACUAUCCUUUAACAGUUGGCAAGUCACAGAUUACAUUUUGCAGUAAAUUAGAAAUUCAAACUUCCAAAUUUUUCAGAAUUAGAUCACAUUUUAUCAUGAUUUCUGAAGAUGAAGAUAUUUCAAAAAAUAAUAAAUAUAUAAUGAAUAAUUUAAUAAUUGAACAAGAGACUAGAU